AUGGCUUUGGAGCACAGAUUGGAUACCGAUUCAUUCGCGAAGAAGAUAUAUUCCGAUUCCAUCGACGAAUAUAUUCGGAUGCAGCAUAUGAGUGAGAUCUCAGCACGAGAUCUAAGCACAUUUCCGGUGGCAUACUUCUUACCACACCAUGCGGUAUUGAAGCCCGAUAGCACCACAACCAAACUGCGUGUCGUAUUUGAUGCGUCGUGCGCAAGCACGUCUGGAGUUUCAUUAAAUGAAGCUCUCAUGGUGGGUACUGUGGAGGAGGACAUCACUUCCAUAACACUACGUUUCAGGCUGAGGAAGUACGCGAUGACAGCAGAUAUUGAGAAGAUGUAUGGGAUGAUCAAGAUGCAUCCGACGGAUCAUCCACUCCAAUACAUUGCAUGGAGAGAGGAUUCAACCAAGCCGCUACGAAUGUUCAUGUUGACCACAGUCACGUUCGGCACCGUACUUGGCCACGCGUUGCCUGAAGAAAUUGGCGGAGGAUGA